CGUUACCGACGCGUUGUGUGCAAUGGUGGAUGAGGUCCGCGAAGACCGCUCGUGCGCGCCAUCGAGCUACCGACUAUUCCGGCCAUUUCCCCGAUAAGUACAACGGAAUCGCUCGCCGCCGGUGACCGGUCGUCGCAUCUCGCUCGUCCGAAGCGUCGGGUCGCGGAUACGCGUCGCUUCGCCCAACGUCGCCCGAUCGUGCUACAGUGGUAUCUUGCCGCGCCGUUUUUCGUUCGUUUUGACGCAGGUUUCACCGCGAGAGGGUACGAUAGCGGUGAUAGAGCGGUCGAAGAGGCGAGAGAGAGAGCGAGAAUCGUGCGCGCGCGCACAUAGAGGCAUUCACGGCGGCUUCCCUGCUCCCUCCUAAAUCGUCGACGCCGCCAUCGUCGCCGCCGAUAAAUCUCGAGAUUCUCGAAGUUUCCUCGAGCUCGAUCGUCGCGAUACGAACGGCUCGCGUCGCGAUCACGAGCGCGUAUCCGCCCGGGUCGCGGCGCGUCGCCGAGCCGCCCUUCUAGCGUUCACAUUGUCGGUGGCCGUAAACAGCGCGUAUACGUAAAUACGGACGUGCACAGGCACACACACGGUACGCGUCGCCUCUCCGUACGCGUGUGUACGUGUUGCGCGCCGCUGGGAGACACACCGUUUCUCGUAGCGGUGGCGGCGGCGACUUUCGGCGCCCCCAGAGUUACUUUACGACCCGCGGCUUUUGUCACGAAUCGGAGGUGCGCGGAGGAACGGUGCGCGCGGCCCGGACCAACGAGAGCGAGACGGCCCCGUUGUUGCCGAUCGCCGGACGUGGAGACGUCGUGGUACGGUGUUCGAGUGAGCGAGAAUACGAGUGCGCGCGGAAGGAGCUCGCGCCGUGAAACGGCGCCCGCGAAGAGGUUAGAAUCGCGGAAGGACGUACGGUCUGUCGUGGAGUGGCGCGACUCGGGUGGUUCGAGGAAGUGACGAGUUUCACGCGUGUGCGAAUAGACUUUUGAGUAGUGUCGUCGUCGACGGGUCUCGACGACGACAACGGACGAAUACGGGCCGCGAUUUCUGUGAUAAAGGAGGGGACGCCCGCACAGGACCGUCGAAAGCGGCGGCGCGCUUCAAAACUGACUCGUCGGCAGCAGCGACAACGAUAACGCGAACGACGACGAAAACGGCUGUUGUGGUGUCGCGUAGUGUUGUAUGAUCGCACGGUAUGAAAAAAUGAUGUGAUCGACGAUCAUCAUGGCGGCACCCAUGCUAAAGUGGAAGCGGAUCCUGAAUCCGACCGGGCCCCAGCCGCGACCCAGGCAUGGCCACCGGGCGGUCGCCAUCAAGGACCUUAUGGUCGUUUUCGGCGGCGGGAACGAGGGCAUCGUCGACGAGCUGCAUGUAUACAACACUGCAACAAAUCAAUGGUUCGUGCCAUCCACGAAGGGAGACAUUCCGCCAGGUUGCGCGGCAUAUGGAUUUGUUGUCGAUGGCACGCGUAUUUUUGUCUUUGGUGGAAUGGUAGAAUAUGGCAAAUAUUCUAACGAGCUGUACGAAUUACAAGCGAGUCGGUGGGAAUGGAAGCGUUUGAAACCAAAGCCACCUAAGCACGAACCACCACCGUGUCCACGAUUGGGACACAGUUUUACCCUUAUUGGUAACAGGGUCUUCCUUUUUGGGGGUUUGGCGAACGACAGUGAUGAUCCGAAAAAUAAUAUACCGAGAUAUCUGAAUGAUCUGUACACGCUCGAACUCCUUCCUAAUGGCCAAACAGCCUGGGAUGUGCCGCAAACGCACGGGCACGCACCACCUCCCAGAGAAUCCCAUACCGGAGUGGCGUACGCCGAUCGUACCACAGGUAAAUCCUGUCUGGUAAUUUAUGGUGGUAUGAGCGGUUGCCGUCUAGGUGAUUUGUGGUUCCUCGAUGUCGAUUCAAUGACCUGGAACAAACCAGUGGUUCAUGGUCCUACUCCUCUACCACGAUCGCUUCAUACUGCCACUUUAAUCGGUCAUCGAAUGUAUGUAUUUGGUGGAUGGGUGCCAUUGGUCGUCGAUGACGUUAAAGUCGCGACUCACGAAAAAGAGUGGAAGUGCACGAGUACACUGGCAUGCUUGAAUCUAGAAACUCUUACUUGGGAGCAACUGACGGUUGAUUCCUUGGAGGAGAAUGUUCCUCGUGCCCGAGCUGGUCAUUGCGCGGUUGGAGUACACAGUAGACUUUACGUUUGGUCUGGUAGAGAUGGCUAUCGUAAAGCAUGGAACAACCAGGUUUGUUGUAAAGACCUAUGGUACCUUGAAGUCAGUAAACCAGCGGCACCUUCCAGAGUUCAGCUGGUUAGGGCUUCCACACAAUCAUUGGAAGUCAGCUGGACAGCGAGCCCGUCUGCGCAAUAUUAUAUUCUUCAAAUACAGAAGUAUGACAUGCCACCGGUAGCGGCGACUAAUACCUUCCCAUCGGUGAGCACACCGACACCAACUGCGCCUAUCGUUAGUACUCCUAUAGCGGUGACAACCUCUGCGAUGGUGGCAACACCUGUGACUGUACCUAUUACAUCUCCGCCUGUGACAACUGUCGCUGCUCUUCCUCCGACUACACCGCCUGUUGCCGCUGCUGCUAGAGCAUCCGUAGCAACAGCUGUGGCUACGGCAGUAGCAGCUCCAUUACGAGUCCAAAGUGCGAGUCCCGUGCAGAAGCCACCGUCGCAAACGGCGCAAAAACCAACGAGUCCUAUGACUCCAAGAGUCGCGACUGGUAAUGUUAUACGUAUUCGAUCUCCUCUGGUCACUUCCACAGCAGCAGUGGCUACGGCAACGGCCGUGGCAGUAGCUACCACCGAGCAACAACAAACAGCUGUAACUGUCACUACUACUACUACAACUGCUGGUCAAACGCCCGCUGCCAUGUCAGGAAUCGCCGCUUUAGCUGCGGCAGCGGCAGCUACACCGAAAAUUACUAUGAACAAUGUUUCAAUGCUGCCACAGACCGCAGUCGCAGCUGCGACCGCAACCAAUACCAUCAGGAUGAAAAAUGUUCAACCAGGUCAGCAGAUUCGUUUCGCCGCGCCUGGCGCCACGGUGUUGCGCACUGCUUCGCCGCAACAGAGUAAGCAGAUUAUUCUGCAAAAACCUCAAAAUAUAGCCGGUCAACCGCAGAUUGUGCAUCUUGUAAAGACUGGACAAGGCAUGGUGGCCACUGUACCCAAGGUGAGUCUUAUUCCUGGCAAAAGUGUCCAAGCGACUGGCGCGAAACCUCUUAAUCAAGGACCGACAAUAUUGCGAUUGGUAAAUCCUAAUACGGUUGCGGGCUCAAAGAUCCUCACGACUAUGAAGACGUCCAACAUAGUGGCGAUGAGCAAAGGGCAGAACAUUACGGGCAAACAGACCAUAAUGAUCACCAAGCCAACAGGAAACAGCGGAUUGGUCGGAAGAACCAAUCAAUUCAUUGUUGUCACCACAGGCUCUGGUUUAAGAGCUGUACAAGCUGUAACGACAUCGCAAGCUGGUGCAGGACAAGGAGCUACUCCCGUAGCUACUCCUGUAAACGUCUUGCCGUUGUCGGCUACUAAUCAUGUCACAAAUCAACAAGGUGUCAAGAUGAUUGUUGUUUCUUCCGGGGCAAUGGGCGGUGGAACUGCUGGCAAGCCUUUAACUAUUACAGUUCCGGGACAAGGAGGUGUACCAAAGACAGUGACUAUCGCUGCGAAGAGCGGUACGCAAGCCAUCUUCAAUACUGGCAAGAAUCAACUUGUUACCGUGCCGCAGAUACAAAAGACGCCUGAAGCGGUAGCAGUAUCUGGAAAGCCAGUAACUCUGCAAAUGCCUGCGGGUAUAAGUGCAAAGACGGUGACGCUUUUGCCGACAAGUAGUAGUUCUAUAGUAACUACUUCAAGCACGUCAGAUUCAAUAGAUACUAGCAAAAUGCUAUUUGUUUCUCCACAAAAACAACCUUCAGCUUCUCUCGCAUCUACUUCUGACGGACCUGCUACCACUGAUGCCGCAUUAGCUGCGCUAGCAGCUGAAGCUGGUCUAAUAGAUCCGGUACAGGAACCGUCUGGUGGUUUAUCAUUCAUGGUAGCGACUGAUGAUGGUGCUAGCGGCGACGAUAAAGUGGAGGACAGCUGUAACGGUAAUGAAGCAACCACAGCGGCCGCAUUAGUUUCUCAGAUAGGUGCGGGAGAUGCAAUGCAAGUUGAUGGCGACGGAAACUUCGUACUUCCGCAAGUAGAUGGACCGAUAGACGAUCUCUUGUUGGAAGAUGAAGAAAAAAUGGAUGUAGAUGAGGAACCAGCUUCGGAAAAUCCAACCGAAUCUGCCGAUACUGAAUCAGUGGUAACGGAACAAAAUAAUGCAUCUGAAAAUAUUCAGGCAGAAGAAGAAUCGACAGUGAAAGAGAAAGUUGCCACAAAGAAUGAAGAUGCAACGACAGCCGACCUUCCUGAAUCGAGCACUAUUAGUCAAGUCAAGAAAGAUGACGAUGUUGAUAACUCACCAAUCAGUGGCGAAGUACCUAUGGAAACUAACACUGAUGAUGCAGAGUUACCAAGUAAAAAAGAAGAGGAUCCUGAAUCAGUAGUAAAUGACGCAAAAAUAAUAAAAUCCGAGUUGCCUUUAGUACAAUCAUCCACGGAAGCUUUAUCUGAACAGACACCUCUAGAGGACGUCGCGAAUCCGGCAAUGGAAGUCGACGAGAUUCAACAAGAUAAGAACAGUCAGGUGAAAAAGAACGAAUCGAUUUCUGAAGACGAAAAACCGCUAACGUCUGAAAAUCUAUUUACUGAAGAUACUGAUACUCCACAUCCUCCUCAAGAUGAUAGUCAGAAAGUUGAGAAGAUAAAAGAAGAAAUCGCAGACCAAGACACUGAUAUUCCAACAACAAAUUCUCCAUUAAAAUUGAAUGAUGCUGAUGAAGCGAUGAUUACUGAUAACAGUACAUCGAUUUUGGAUGAUACAAGAGCUCCUAUUGUUACAUCAAAUUCAAACGUUCAAAUAAAAUUAGAGUCGGACGAUGUCGGACCUAUGGAAGAGGACAAAUUGCCCGAAUUGCCCAUAUCGUCGAUCAAUGGUGUUGCUGCAUCUCUCGAGAAGGAAAUGGAAAAAGUACAUGCUCCUACGAAAAUGGAGGUGAAAGAUGACCUCAAUGUUUCAAAAAGAGACAAUUUGAAACAAGAAAAGAUAAAUGAGACUAGAUCAGAAACUGGAGAUGACUCGACAGCUUUGACAACGUUAGCUACUGCUGCUUUAGGAUCAGCAGAACCAGCAAUGAAAGUUAAAAAUGAACAGAGCGAAGAAGAAAAGAAAGAGGCAGAAUGGUAUGAUGUAGGAGUGAUAAAAGGAACAAGUUUUACUGUUCAACACUAUUUUCUUCCUGGUGACGAACCAUUAGAUAUAACGCAAUCUUUGACAAUGGAUGUUUUUAAAGGAAGAGCUAAAGUAGCGUUAGAACCCGGAACUGCCUACAAGUUUAGAGUUGCCGCUGUGAAUAGUUGUGGACGAAGUGCCUGGAGUGAGGUAGCGGCAUUCAAGACGUGUCUUCCGGGAUUCCCGGGUGCACCAAGCGCUAUAAAGAUAUCAAAAUCCGUGGAUGGCGCACAAAUCUCUUGGGAACCGCCGCCUAGCAACGUUGGGCCCAUCCUCGAAUAUUCCGUCUACCUGGCAGUGCGAAGUACCGCGUUGAACAAUGACGGAGAACCAAAAACAGUUGUGUCGAAUCCAAAUCAGUUAGCUUUUAUUAGAGUUUAUUGCGGUUCGAGUAAUUCUUGUUCGGUGAACAAUAGUGCCCUUAAUGCCGCUCAUGUGGACACCACUACGAAACCGGCCAUAAUCUUUAGAAUAGCAGCACGAAACGACAAAGGAUACGGACCAGCUACUCAAGUUAGGUGGUUACAAGCAGAUCCAACCACUGCGGUGAAAAGUAAUCCGCAAGCGAAGAGAUCCGCCAGCACAGACCUACGUUCGCAAGCGACUUCCCCACAGAAAAAAAUGAAGAUUGAACCAGUUAGUGAUAAUUUCUCGUGAGCCUGUUCUCUCCCUGGCCUCGUACAGCCGAAACUCCCAUGAGCAACGCUAUUCAUUAUUUAAUUUCUAUAUGCCUAACAACGAUAACGAAAUCAAUGUAUUACCAGCUAAACAACGUGAUAUACAAGUAAACGAAAGAUAUGAACGUGCGAUAAGAAACGACGAAAGAAAAGGUGGGAGAAGGAGAGAAAGAAAAAGAAAUAUCUAUAGACUGAGUCUAUAUGUAAUGAUGGGGGAAGAAAAGUAUUUUUAGUGUUCACAGUAUGAACGUCAACGUCUUUCUGUACCGCGUUUCUUACUCGCUGUUAUUUUAUUUUUUCGUGAAAGUGCGCGAGAAUCUUAUGUAAAGACGAGUACCGUUAUAUAAUAAAAAAAUGGCGACAUGGUUAUUUUUUGGAGUUAAGUAAGUUUUUCCAUGUUUAUAGCGUUUUCUAACGGACGGUACGACAUAUCGCAUCUAAAUGCUCAUACUUGCAUCACGAUAAAAUAACGGCUGACACACUCGCGCUUUUUUAAUUUUCUCGUUAUCUCUGAGAAUGAGUUUGACGUACAAGAUGUUGUAUGGGAACGAAUAACGGACAGGAUUCAUAUUCGAUAUUUUACAUAUUUGUUUAAAUAAUUAUACAUAUUAUAUAUAUAUUCGACAAAGAUCUAUUUUAAACAUCCAAAUUCUUUAUAAUAUAUUUAUCAUUGACGGAGUAUCUGCAAUUCUUUUUGCAUUCACUAUUAUGUGCAGAGUAAGCUCGCUUUUGAGAUGUAGGUUAUUUAGUGUACAUAAAAUUCUUGCACUGAAAAAAUGUGUUUAUCAUAUUCUGAGGUAAUAAAAUACUUUUUGAUAAGGUAGAAUAAUUGGGAGAUAUAUAUAUUGUGACCUUGAUUAGUCUCCUAUUUCAAUUUGCUCGUUUAUGUUUUAGUUUCAUGCAGUAAGAGAAGCUUUUAUUGUGUCAUCGAUCCAGUUUUACAUGUGACAAUCGGUGCUACACACUAUUCCAAUACUUUUAUUACUGCCAAAUGCGACAAGAAUAUGUUAUUAAUACCAGAAGACAACCCGAAAUAUAAAAUUAUCUAUUAAACUUGUGUAAUACUAAGUUACUUGUAUGCUUUUGUCAAAUUGCAACAAUGCAGAGAUAUUUUGUAUAAUAUAUAUAUUAAAAUGAUUAUAUAUGUAAUUAAAAUGAAUAUCUCUAAGGAUCGGGUACUAGGAUGAUUACUCAUAUUUUAACGGAUAAAAGAAAAACUCCAUGAACAGUUAAGGAUAUUUUUAGACAGCAACAAAACAAUUGUUUGAAUAUUGAUAUAUCUAUAAAAUGGUAGGCUGUACGUCCUUAACGUAAAUUCUAAUCUUUUAUAGCACUAAGACAAGUAAAUAGCAAAUAAUUGGAAGAUUAAUGCUCGAAGGAAAGGUAAGAAAGAAACAUAUGUUAUCGCAUUAGACAGGGGCUUGUAAUAUCCCCAACACCUUUUUUUUAAAUAUAUAUUUUAAUCAAAAUACCAGAUAAGCUUUUGAUCAAUGAAAAAGUUGAUUACAGAAGCUAUCGGCAGUCUCAUUUUUCUCGGUUGACUUUUGGGCUAUGUUGAAGCUGCAAUAAUUUAAGCGCAUAUUUUUAUUUUAGAUUAUCAACAUAUAUAUGCUUUUCGUUAUCCAUUUAUAUCAUAAGUAGAACAUCUACUAACACAGCGUCCCCAACGCUCAAUCUGUUAUAUUGAAGUUUUGCGUUUGCAAAGUUUACUUUACUAGGAAAUCUGCAUGUUAUAAAAAAAGUUAUCUCUGAAUAAUCACGAGAAUAUUCCCGUGGUAUCAAUAAACUUUACAUUAAAUGUACAAUACAGUUGUUUAUCUUUUACAUGGGUUCUUAUACCCGAUAUCUUUAGCAGGAAAUACAGAUGAAGAUAUGAUGUAUAAUGUAAAUGAGAUAACUAAAUGGUAUAUACUUUCUUAAAUGCAUUGUGUUAAUAUUGUUCUUGCUGAUCCUCUAUUUAAAAAAAAAGAGAAAAAGGAAUGACUAUUUCUGUACUAUUAGUAACCAAGAAUGAAUUAUCAGCUGUUUAAUUUUGUUUGUACAUUUUGUUGACAGGAAGUGACACUAAUCUAUAUUUGUGUACACAAGUUUUGUGUAUAAAAAUACUGUGAAAUUAUUAUUAUUACCACGCGACUAUUCUUUUCUUUGUAAAUCGCCUGCUACCACUGCAUUUAUACUCUUCACUGAAGUAUGUCGUGCAAAUAAAUAUAGAUAAAUUUCUUAUACAAUAUAUAAUCUUUACCUUCAUUACACAUUUUGUGCUUUAUAGCAGAUUACAAUAUGAGCACUUUAAAAAAUAUAUUUUAAUGUUAUUUUAAAAGUAUUGUAUAUAUGUACAUUUGUAUUUUUUUAAGUUAAAAGUUUAUUUGAUAUUAAUUUAAUCAGUUUUCCUAGUUAUUAAAAUUUAUAUAUUUAUUAACUUUCAAUUCCAUAAACUUGUGUUUUCUUUGCUUUAUAAAUAAAUCGAAAUUUUUUAUUGCAAAAAUACUAUGAACAAAAAAAAUGUAAUAAAGGACAUGAACAAAAUUUAUUACAGUUAUUGAUGACUUCGGAGUUUUUACCUUUUCAAGAAAUAUAUAACAAUACGUCUUGUUUGGCAGUAACAAAAGCAUAUGUAUUCAUUUGAUUCCUGUCUCAUUUUAUUCGAUCACAAUCAAACAGAACUAUGAGUAAACAAUAAAAAGAAUAAAAUUAUUUGUAUUUAUUUCUGAUAUCAAUGAUUUUAAAAAAACCAUUCUUUUUCAAGUCCCAAUAAUGUGAUGGAUAAUUUGUAUUAAGUUGGUUAAAGUUAAUUAGAUUCAUUAAUUGAUCGUUUUUGCGGAAAUUAAUUUAUUCAUUGUCGAAAUAAAUUAACAUUUGUCGCCAUUUAUAAUUUAUUAAGAUUAACGAACUUAUAACUUACUAUAUCUUAUUUUUAUAUACCAAUUGAAAAAAUUCUCGUUUAGAACUAAUCGGCUGUACGAGAGACCAAAAGAUCCAAUGUCAGCUUCGGACCAUGAUUUUCCUAUAGAAAAUCCUUUUUCUAUACUAAAUCUUAGUCGUAUAUUUAAAGAUGCGCAGAUGAUUAGUACGAGAAAACAUCGACGAGGAGAUUGUAGUGAAAGUGAUUUACGCGCCAUAUAAUAAGAUAAUAAGAGAUUGCGACGAUAUUUCUACGAUGACAGAUAUAAUUUGGCGCAUUGUCGAUAAUGUGUUAAAUGGAUGAUAUUGCUCUGCAUGAAACCUGCAAUGAUAUUGAGCGGAUUUGUAUUUUUUGAUAAGAAUCCCCGGUUCGGUGUGCACAUGUCACCGGACAAGAUUAGUAUACUCUCUCAAGUAUCUAAUCAAUUUCUAAUAAUACACAUCACACGACAAGUUUCGCAAUAUGUAAUGAUGAGUAUAUAACUAUACCGUUUUGUAAUAAGCUACAACUAUGUAAAUUGGAAUGAUAUGUGCGAGAGGAAUUUCUAAAAGCUAGGACGUUGAGGAUACGCGUAUGUGAAAUCGAAUAUACGUCACGAGUUAAAAGUAAGGAAGCGAUUGUAAUGUUAAUUACGUCCUUUCUCUCUCGUACGCGUCUUCUAAAGAUUUACAUUGAAUCACACUGUAAAUAAGUCCUUCGAAUCACGUUAGAUAAUACACGGAUAUCUCGCUGUAUUUACGGAAUUAGCGUGCCUAAUCGCAGACCCGAUGUAAAAAUUUUUUGAUCCGCGCUAUCUAAUUAUACACUAAAAAUUUGUAUUUAUAUAAAGCUUUCGGUUCAUGCUUGCUUCUUUAUCUUUUCGUUGUAUAAUAGAAACUUAAAAUAAUAACACGUUAGAGAAUCGAUAGCAUUCGUGAAAUAAGAAAGAAUCUCUAUAUCCGAUAUAUUUUUUACGUCGUUUUUUACAUCUUCUUAAUAUAAGAAUAUAAAAAAUUAUACAUACCAUCUAAAAAUGUAUGUUGCGUUAUAUGUUAAUUAGUACGAUAUUUAAUAAUUAAUAUUAGGGUCUGCGAUUGACAGCAAAAAAAUUGAGACGCAUGGUUAAGCCUAAGAGCGAAUUGCUUUUUCAUUGAUGAAUCAUUUCUACAGCCGUAUGGAAGAGACAUCAAAUAUCUGUUUGUCUAACACGACGACUUCGCAGAUUAUUUUUAGAACUGAUUAGUGCAAUAUUUUCCAACUGCAGAGUCUAGACAGAAAAUACCGCUUUUAUUGCACAAAUUCAACAUGACAAUGUGCACACUUUCACUGUAAAUGUGUCGCAAUUUUUAUAAUUGCGUGUGUAGCACGAGUGCUACCGAUCACUGACAAUAAAUCAUUUAAAAAAAAAA